AUGACAGUAAUACGUCCUAUUGAAAAUGAUGUGAGAGGAUGCCAAGUUGAGGAAAUGUUGCAAAAACAUUGGGGUUCAGUCCAAACUGUUAAAGUGUUCAGAGAGCCCAACAAAAGUUUGGGCAUCAAUAUAGUUGGAGGAAAGGUCGACUUACAAUCAAAUAAAAAGUCUUCCGAAACCCUUUUGGGUAUUUUUAUAAAAAAUGUUGUUCCUAAUAGCCCAGCUGGCAAAACUGGAAGGUUUAAGACUGGCGACAGAAUACUGGAAGUGAGCGGAAUCGAUUUAAGAGAAGCAAGUCAUGAAAAAGCUGUCCAGGCCAUUCGAAAUGCCACUAAUCCGGUCACUUUCGUUAUACAAUCCCUUAUUCCUUGGAAAAUUACAGAUAAUGAAACGAACGAAAAUCAAUGCACGUCUCCAUUUCCAUCACCCGUUAGUAGCAAAUCUUCCACAAGUAAUGUACCAAAUCAAUCAUCCAUCGAAACAAAUGGAAACCUAUCCGCCCAAGAAUCGAAUAAAAUACACGCCACAAAAAUAGAACACCCAGCAAUAGACGACGGAGCUAACCUCAAUGCCGUCGUAAUUCAAGUAACUCCAGUGCAUUCCCCUAAAGUUUCAAAUGAAGAUAAAGUUGCGCCUAGUUCGGUAAGCGAAAAAGAAGAUACGAAAAAUGACGUUAAUGAAAAACCAGUUACAGCAGCAAUAUCUGAUAGUGAAGAUGAAGAUGAUGAUGAAGAAGAGGAUGAUGUUAGAGAAAUGGAAGGAAGAACGGUGUCUGCAAAGGGAUACGCUAUCGACAGGGCCAGUGCCGCUAAUGUCAAAAGGUCUAAAGAAGAAAUUGCUAACGACAAUGAACAAGAAGACGAAUUUGGAUAUACCAUGAACAAAGUAAAAAAGAAAUACGCCAGUCUGGGUCAAAAUAUCCUAAUGGUUCAAUUGGAACGAAGCAACCAGGGCCUGGGCCUUAGUUUGGCUGGUCACAAGGACCGCAACUGCAUGGCGGUAUUUGUGUGUGGACUCAAUCCCAAGGGCAUGGCUUUCAAGACUGGAAGCAUACAAAUAGGCGAUGAAAUACUAGAGGUAAAUGGUGUUGUGUUACAUGGUCGCUGUCAUCUAAAUGCUUCCGCUAUCAUUAAAGGCCUAUCUGGACCAAUAUUUAAAGUUAUAAUUUUAAGGCGAAAAACUGCCAUCGAUGAUAUCGCUGUUAAGCCCAUUACCCAAUUCCCUAUUUCGUUGGCAGAAGAGGCCUCCGAAGAACAAUUUAGUGCUAGCUAUCCAAAUGUGCGCACGGUCGCUAUAAAAAAGCAAUCAAACCAGAGCUUAGGCAUUAUGAUAAUCGAGGGGAAACAUGCGGAAGUUGGACAAGGUAUUUUCAUAUCUGACAUUCAAGAAGGCAGUUCGGCGGAAAAGGCUGGGCUUGAAAUUGGCGAAUUGAUAUUAGCAGUCAACAAGGAUUCUUUAGUUGGUUCCAAUUACGAAACGGCGGCGAAUUUGUUGAAAAGGACGGAAGGUUUGGUGACACUGGUUGUCUCCAAUCCUGGUAAAAAAGAUUCUGCAUCUUCUUCCUCGCCCAACCCAACGAUUUCGUCCAAUAACGCAAUUGUAGAAAAUAACAAGAAUGCUCUUUCUAAACCUUCCAACCUAAAGCCCUCGGCACCAUCUUCUAGACCCACCACACCUGUACCUGAACCUAUUGCCGACCCCCUUACGUGUCAAAUAAAUCCAGGCCGAGAAACGACCAUUGAAAUCGUAUCUGAUAACAAAGGCCUUGGGAUAUUUUUUGUAGGAGGAAAGGAUACUCAAAUUCCAAAUGGAAUAGUUGUAGUAGAAAUAUAUCCAGGAGGAGUGGCAGACAAAGACAAAAGACUGCAACCUGGUGAUAACAUCCUGGAUGUAAAUGGCACAUCUCUAAAAGACGUUUCCCAUACAACUGCCUCACAGGCUCUAAGACAAACACUGCCAAAGAUGAAAAUGAUCAUAUAUCGACCUAACGCAAUUGAAUACACGCCUGUCGAAGCAGAUUUAUUUAAAAAACCUGGAAAGGGAUUAGGAAUAAGUGUCGUAGCUAGAAAAUCUGGUAAAGGGGUAUACAUAGCCGAUGUUAUUAGUGGGAGUACAGCUGAAUUAGAUGGUAGAAUAGCGAAAGGAGAUCUUCUAAUAUCUGUAAACGGACAGAACGUAGACAACUCUACAGGAGAAGAAGCGGGGGCCAUAUUAAAGACUGUAACGGGCAAAGUAUCCCUAAAACUUAACCGAUACAAACCCUCGACGAGAUAA